CGCACCCGAGGGCUGCGGAGAGAUAUUUUGGGUGGCAGGAGGCCCCUCGUCAUUUCCGCCGGGCAGCUUGUGGUGCCCCGAGCUUCACUCCCGCGCGCGAGGCGAGCGGGCAAGUUGGUUGCAGGCUUGCGGCCGCGGCUUCUUUUCUCAGCUCCUCGACCCUCGGCAGUGCAAGCCGUGAACUGAAGCCCUGGAGGGACGGAGACCGGAGCGGAGCGGCGGAGCAACAGCUGCAGCAGCAGCCUCUGCGGGGAGCGUGCAGAGAGUCCGCACAGAGCCGCGACCCCAGAGCGUUUCUCUCCCCGUCGCCGCUCCCGCCGCUGCUGUUCGCCGUUUGCUAAGAGACAUUGCAGCCGCGAGACCCGACACACAAAAGCCGUCUUCUUGCCACCCGCCCAGCGAGGCAGCGGCCAGCAAGGGACCCCACCUGAGGGCGGCUCGGGCUACCGAGUUCGUUUUGUUUCUGAUCUCCGCGCCCCGCGCGGUAGCGACCCCGUGUCCAUGGCUCUGAUCAUGGAACCCGUGAGCAAAUGGUCUCCGAGUCAAGUAGUGGACUGGAUGAAAGGUCUUGAUGACUGUUUGCAGCAGUAUAUUAAGAACUUCGAGAGGGAGAAGAUCAGUGGAGACCAGCUGCUGCGCAUUACACAUCAGGAGCUAGAAGAUCUGGGGGUCAGCCGCAUUGGCCAUCAGGAAUUGAUCUUGGAAGCAGUUGACCUUCUGUGUGCACUGAAUUAUGGCUUGGAAACAGAAAAUCUAAAAACCCUUUCUCACAAGCUGAAUGCAUCUGCCAAAAAUCUACAGAAUUUUAUAACAGGGAGGAGAAGGAGUGGCCAUUAUGAUGGGAGAACCAGCCGAAAAUUGCCAAAUGACUUUCUGACUUCGGUUGUGGAUCUGAUAGGAGCAGCCAAGAGUCUGCUUGCCUGGUUGGACAGGUCACCAUUUGCUGCCGUCACAGACUAUUCAGUUACAAGGAAUAAUGUCAUACAGCUCUGCUUGGAAUUGACAACAAUUGUGCAACAGGAUUGUACUGUGUAUGAAACAGAGAAUAAAAUUCUUCAUGUGUGUAAAACUCUUUCUGGAGUCUGUGACCACAUCAUAUCCCUGUCAUCGGAUCCUCUGGUUUCACAGUCUGCACACCUAGAAGUGAUUCAGCUGGCAAACAUCAAACCAAGUGAAGGGCUGGGUAUGUAUAUUAAAUCAACAUAUGAUGGCCUCCAUGUAAUUACUGGAACUACAGAAAAUUCACCUGCAGAUCGGUGCAAGAAAAUCCAUGCUGGCGAUGAAGUGAUUCAAGUUAAUCAUCAGACUGUGGUGGGGUGGCAGUUGAAAAAUUUGGUGAAUGCACUACGAGAGGACCCGAGUGGUGUUAUCUUAACUUUGAAAAAGCGACCUCAGAGCAUGCUUACCUCAGCACCAGCUUUACUGAAAAAUAUGAGAUGGAAGCCCCUUGCUCUGCAGCCUCUUAUACCUAGAAGUCCCACAAGCAGCGUUGCCACGCCUUCCAGCACCAUCAGUACACCAACCAAAAGAGACAGUUCUGCUCUCCAGGAUCUCUACAUUCCCCCUCCUCCUGCAGAACCAUAUAUUCCCAGGGAUGAAAAAGGAAACCUUCCUUGUGAAGACCUCAGAGGACAUAUGGUUGGCAAGCCAGUGCAUAAAGGAUCUGAAUCACCAAAUUCAUUUCUGGAUCAGGAAUAUAGAAAGAGGUUUAAUAUUGUUGAGGAAGAUACUGUCUUGUAUUGCUAUGAAUAUGAAAAAGGAAGAUCAAGUAGUCAAGGAAGACGAGAAAGCACGCCGACUUAUGGCAAACCACAUCACCUAGAAAUACUGAAAAAUAAUAAGAAAAAGUUAGGUAUUGUUACAUUUCAGCAGUCUUCACUGCAGCACAAAUCAAAGAAGAAAAACAAAGGUCCUAUAGCUGGCAAGAGCAAAAGAAGAAUUUCUUGCAAAGAUCUUGGCCGGGGUGAUUGUGAAGGUUGGCUUUGGAAAAAGAAAGAUGCAAAGAGUUAUUUUUCACAGAAAUGGAAGAAAUACUGGUUUGUCCUAAAGGAUGCAUCCCUAUAUUGGUAUAUUAAUGAGGAGGAUGAAAAAGCAGAAGGAUUCAUCAGUCUGCCUGAAUUUAAAAUUGAUAGAGCCAGUGAAUGCCGCAAGAAAUAUGCAUUCAAAGCCUGUCAUCCUAAAAUCAAAAGCUUUUAUUUUGCUGCUGAGCAUCUUGAUGAUAUGAACAGGUAA